GUUCCCCCGGCACAUCACACAGCUACACCCUCAACAUCGCCGUCUGCUGAGCCAGAGACGUCAGAGAUCGCGGAGUCAGGCGAGGAAAGGUUUUGACGUGCCGGUAGACCGUUAUGCUGGCCUGAUGACAGACAAGGAGAAAGCUUGGAUUAUCAAACUCCAAAUGAUUCAAUUACAGAGUGAGAUCCCCUUCCUUCAGGAUUAUUACUACCAGGAGUUCUUUCGGCGAUUGGAGAGUAAAAUGGCCAAUGAACAGAUGAACGGUGAGCGUGAAAAGCCAGAACCCCAAAAGUUGGUGACUCCCUACGUGCAGAAAGCGGGGAAUUACGAUGCAGUGGUCCACAUCGAGGGAUCCCUCGGGCAAGUUGCUGUCUCGACCUGUUACAGCCCCCGACGAGCUAUCGACGCUGUUCAUGUGAGCCCCGUGGAGGAG